UUCCUUUCAACUACAUACACUCCAUUACAUCUGAACCUUGCCUAUACUCGUUGUCUGGUCAUCGCUUUGCUCGUUGGAAGAAGGGCAGAACGACAACAAGAGCACGCAAUUACAAUGGCUUGCACGCUGGAGCUACCGAAUAUCAACUUCCAAAUAUCUGUCAGCAUUACCACACCAUCCCAGAACCACCCAUCUUCAUCUCGCUACGCUGUUACAUUCAUUCAAGAUGGAAGCGUAAAACAUCGAUCAGAGCACGUAAUUGAAAAGGAUUUCCUCUUGAAGCUGCCGAAUGAAGUUCUCCUCAACAUCUGUGGACGACUCGAUCACCAAAGCCUUAAGUCUCUGCGCCUGACGUCCAAACACUUCGAUAAAAAUGCCAUUAUCACGGGUCCGCUCUUUUCAGAAGUCCACUUCUUCCUAUUUGAAGAGAGCCUCAUGACGUUCAUGAACAUUGCAAAUACGAACCACUUAUGCGCUCUUGUAAGGAAAAUUGUAUUUCGCGGGGCCGUUGCAAGGGCUUUUGAUAAUCAGGAAGACUGGGAAAAGAAACGCUGGGGGUGGGAUUUGGACCUCCGUCGAUACUACGAACGGUACGAGGAACUCCGGUUGCAGUGGCAUCAGUUCAAUAAAUGCAUGCGAGCCGCCCAUGACAGAAAAGAUGGUCAUAAGCCGUACAGCAUCAUGGGUCGUAUCCUCGACAUGUUCACGGAGGCGAUUGGUAGAUUCCCGAACCUUGAAGCGGUUGUUGUUGCUGGAAUACACGACGGCGAGGAAUCAUAUUACUGGUCUGAUCACUCCUACGCGCACACUCUUCACCAACAAACCCUUUAUGCCCCCAUGCAUUGGAGGGAAGAUCAGCCAGACGGUGGAAUCAUUCCAAGGGACGGCACUGACGCUCAAAAUCACGACUACUGGUUCGAUGCCGUCUCUCAACUGAGCUGUAUCUUGACCGCCAUCAGCUCAACAACAGCUCGAAACCGCGUCACAUCCUUGGGGUUUUCGACAAUGGGCCAAAACUUUUGGGAUCAGAGACAUCUUGACGGGGGGGAUUUGCAAUGUGGCCCACAGCUAUCUGAGCGAGCGAGAGAUGGCAUUCUCAACACCAUGGUCGGGGCGUUCACGAAUCUUCGCACUCUUGUGGCACAAGUACACCUAGAUUUCAAAGCUGACGAAGGUCGGACCAAUGAGGCCAAGAUUGCAGGGUGUCUCGCUCACUUUCUACUACAAGCGACCAGUCUUGAGCAUCUGUACCUUUCCUUCGGCGAAGUCUCUCGGGGCCAUCCCCAAUUUCCACUACGCGGAAGUUUUUGGGGUGAAGUUAAGGUUGACUUCCUCGCAUUAAUUCAAGACGUUUCAUGGUCUUUUCUGCGGGUGCUGGAGUUUGACAUGAUACCUACCACGAGCGAGUCUCUCGUGGGUUUCGUUUUAAAGUUCUCGGCUACUCUCAAGCAACUCUGGAUCCAGGAUCUUCGCCUCGUCGGCGAUAGAGACACUACUGAUGUUAUGCUCACUAAAGAGGAGUACUUCUACCGGUCUCAGAGGGAGAGACACCUUCAAGCUUCGCUCCGAGCGGCCCUCCCUGACACGCGCAACAAAACUGGCGGCAAUACCUUCUUACGCGAAAAGUACCAGGACCCAGCAGGCGAUUUGGAGGACAAGAGAGGAGCGGAUUAUACGGUCUCAGAGGAGAAAGGGACUUUAGGCUACACUUCGACUAGUUCUAUCGAAUACUACAAUAAAAGUCGCCACGAUUUCUUCACGAAAAUGUCGGAAAGCGGAAUGAGCGGAUUAUGGGUGGAAAGGGACGGGUGCAUUCAGAUCAAUUAGCAGUAAUUUCCACAAGUGCUAUGCUAUACUUCCAUGCGAGGAACCACGGCUAUUGUGGACAUUCCUCUCAUAAUUUGAAG